CCAAGAGAGAUGCGAUUGCUGCUGCGUCGUGACAUCAGGCGGAGGAAAUUUUAGUAAAAUUGGAAACGCAAAAUUAGUGCGAGAGGGAUCGAAGGAGGUUGAAUCGGUCUUCUACUCCAAUGCGCAAGGCCGUCUCCUCAGCAGCCUCUUGCCUCGCACUCUUCGAUUGCCUACACCUUCUGUUACUACACCAUCUCUAGGCACAGAACAACUUGAUUCAUCACACCUAGCUAGCUCACUGGUUUUGUUUUCUGUUUUGGUUUUUAGAGCUUCGUUGUGUGGUGCUUACUACUUUGUCAAACUUCGUUCGUUGUUUUGAGUGUGUUCUUGGUGGAUUUUCCCACGAGAGUUGGAUAUUUCGUGGAGUUAGUUUGCAGCCAUGGGCAAGGGAGGCGUUGCUGCGACGUUGUGCGAGAUCCUCCUCGCCAUCUUUUUACCGCCUCUUGGCGUGUUCUUCAAGUAUAAUUGCGGGGUUGAGUUCUGGAUCUGUCUAUUAUUGACGAUCCUGGGAUACAUUCCUGGAAUCAUAUAUGCUCUGUACGUCAUCGUGGCUUAGUCAACAGAUGGAGGAAACGAAGACGUGAUUGUCGCGUGAGUCUAGCACCAGCACUUGUAGUUCUUAGGUACAUCACCAGGUCAUGUACAGCUCCUAAGUGUUGCUAAACUCUGCUGCAUCAGCUCGAGGAACAAUUUAACGCCAUUCCUCCUCCCGAAAGAUGUACCUAAUAAGAGCGCGGUUCUUCAAUCCUCACAAGAACAGAAAUAGUCAGGUUUUUGUGAUCUUUGUGACAUAAGCGGUUGAUCUUUGUGAAUAAAUAGCCAUGUUCAAAACUAUUCUAUGUAUCUCAUUAUAGAUCCGGUUGUCCUUCGGAUAUUUGAGUUGCAUAAUCACUUAUGCAGUUUGUGCUUGCACGGUCCCCUUCCCGUUCACGAUGAGGUUUUGCCAUUCAACGGGGUCACUCAUCAGUAGCUGAAGCCAUGGCCCUCAAAAGCAAAUGGAAUAUGAUUUGUGAGUAGAUUUCAAGGUCA